AUGCCGCUGGCCCGCAGCGUGUCCGUCAGCUCCCUGCCGGGCCUGGAGGACUGGGGGGGUCCCGGCGCCCCCGACAACGUGGUGCUCUUCGAGGUGGCCUGGGAGGUGGCCAACAAAGUGGGGGGGAUCUACACGGUGCUGCAGACCAAGGCGCGGGUGACGGCCGACGAGUGGGGCGAGAGCUACGUGCUGGUGGGGCCCUACGUGGAGAGCGCCGUGCGCACGCAGGUGGAGCUGCUGGAGCCGCCGCAGCCCGCGCUGCGCCGCACGCUGGCCGCCAUGAACGCCCAGGGCUGCAAGGUGCAUUUCGGGCGCUGGCUGAUCGAGGGCAGCCCGGCCGUGGUGCUGCUGGACGUGGGGGCCACGGCCUGGAGCCUGGAGCGCUGGAAGGGCGAGCUCUGGGAGAGCUGCGCCAUCGGCGUGCCCUGGUACGACCGCGAGGCCAACGACGCCGUCCUCUUCGGCUUCCUCGUCGCCUGGUUCCUCGGAGAGUUUGCGGCGCAGAGCGAGGAGCGGCCGUUCAUCGUGGGCCACUUCCACGAGUGGCUGGCGGGGCUGGGGCUGGUGCUGAGCCGCGCCCGGCGCCUGCCCGUGGCCACCAUCUUCACCACGCACGCCACGCUGCUGGGCCGCUACCUGUGCGCCGGGAGCGUGGACUUCUACAACAACCUGCACAGCUUCGACGUGGACAAGGAGGCGGGCGAGCGGCAGAUCUACCACCGGUACUGCCUGGAGCGCGCGGCCGCGCACUGCGCCCACGUGCUGACCACCGUGUCCCACGUCACCGCCGCCGAGGCCGAGCACCUGCUCAAGCGCAAGCCAGACCUGGUGACCCCCAACGGGCUGAACGUGCGCAAGUUCUCGGCCAUGCACGAGUUCCAGAACCUGCACGCCCAGAGCAAGGCCCGCGUCCAGGAGUUCGUCAGGGGCCACUUCUACGGGCACCUGGACUUCGACCUGGACAAGACGCUUUUCUUCUUCAUCGCCGGGCGCUACGAGUUCUCCAACAAGGGCGCCGACAUCUUCCUGGAGGCGCUGGCCCGCCUCAACUACCUGCUCAGGGUGAACGGCAGCGAGGUGACCGUGGUGGCGUUUUUCAUCAUGCCGGCACGGACCAACAACUUCAACGUGGAGUCGCUCAAGGGCCAGGCCGUGCGCAAGCAGCUCUGGGACAAUGAUAGCGGGCAACAGGCAGAGGAAAUGUCACCGUGCCAGGGUGUCACCGUUGGGGACAAUGACGCUGUCACCGUGGUAGGUGGGGAACAGGACAAGGUGUCACCAUGA